AUGGCCCCGAGGAACCACAGCACUGUCGAGGAGUUCAUUCUGACUGGGCUGUCCGAGGACCCGCACGUCGAGGCUCUACUCUUUGUACUCUUUCUGGGGAUUUAUCUCCUGACCAUGACAGGGAACUUGAUGAUGCUUCUGGUGAUUGGAACCGACUCCCACCUCCACACCCCCAUGUACUUCUUCUUGAGUAACCUGUCAUUCCUGGACCUCUGCUUCUCCACUGUCACUGUGCCCAAGCUGCUGAAGGACCUCUUGUCUGAGAAGAAAACCAUCUCUGUAGAGGGCUGCCUGACUCAGGUCUUCUUUGUGUUUAUCACUGCAGGGACUGAAGCCUUUCUGCUCUCAAUGAUGGCCUAUGACCGCUACGCCGCCAUCUGCCACCCGCUGCUCUAUGGCCAGAUGAUGAGCAUAGAGCUCUGUGUGAAGUUGGUGCUGGUCUCCUGGGGCCUGGCCUCUCUUAACUCAGUGGUCAUUGUGCUCUUGGCGGUCAAUCUGGACUUCUGUGAGGCACAAACCAUCCACCACUACACGUGCGAGCUGCCCUCUCUCUUCCCUCUGUCUUGCUCUGACAUCUCCAUCAAUAUAGACAUCUUGAUCUGCUCCACCUUACUUCAUGGGCUUGGAACCUUCCUCCCAAUCUUCUUCUCCUAUGCCCGCAUUGUCUCCACCAUCCUGAGUAUGCGCUCCACCACAGGCAGGAGCAAGGCCUUUAACACCUGCUCCUCACACCUCCUUGCAGUGGUCCUGUUUUUUGGGUCAGGUUUGGUUCGCUAUCUUAUGCCCACUUCAGGCUCCUCCCUAGAUUUACUGUCUUCCUUGCAAUACAGUGCCGUCACACCCAUGCUGAAUCCCCUCAUCUACAGCCUAAAAAAUCAGGAAGUACAGGCAGCAAUGCAAAGGACAUUUGGGAAGUACCUACAUUAUUUUAGGUAA